GGAACCGGACGCAGUGGUACGUCUGGAUCAGCUGUCCGGCAGGAGCUUUACUUUAGCGGUGUUACGGGAUGUUUAAACAGUGAUCUGGGACUGCGGGCUGUGUAAAGAAAAUCGGAACUUUUGGUUUUGCAAUUGCAUCAGCCACCAUGCCCACUGUAGUGGUAAUGGAUGUGUCCCUUUCAAUGACAAGGCCAGUUCCAGUGGAGGGGACAGAAGAAUUCCAGCGCAAACACCUGGCAGUUCAUGGCCUUACAAUGCUCUUUGAACACAUGGCCACCAACUACAAACUGGAGUUUACAGCAAUGGUUGUCUUUUCUUCCUUGUGGGAACUAAUGGUUCCUUUUACUAGGGAUUAUAACACACUUCAGGAAGCGUUAAGUAACAUAGAUGACUAUGACAAAACUUGUCUGGAGUCAGCCUUGCAAGGAGUUUCCAGUGUUGUGCAGCAGGAAUGGGGUGCAUCUAUUCCCUCACAGAUUGUGCUGGUUACUGACGGCUGCCUCGGCAUUGGGAAAGGCUCACUGCAGCACUCUCUAGCAACUCUUAACCAGAGGAAUGAUAGCAACAGAUUCCCAUUACCCUUCUCUUUUCCCUCCAAGCUCUAUAUAAUGUGCAUGGCAAAUCUGGAAGAGCUACAGGGCUCAGAUUCUUUAGAGUACCUUGAGCGGCUAAUUGACCUGAAUAAUGGAGAGGGUCAGAUCUUCACUAUAGAUGGGCCUCUCUGCCUCAAGAAUGUCCAGUCCAUGUUUGGGAAGUUGAUAGAUGUGGCAUACACUCCAUUUCAUGCUGUCCUUAAAUGCGGGAACCUUUCGUCGGAUGUGCAGGUGUUUCCCAGGCCAGAACCCGUGAUUACGGAUGAAGAAAUUGAUCCUCUCCCCAAAACCAUUAACACAGACCUAGAAGUUGUGGGAUUCAUUGAUAUUGCUGAUAUUUCCAGUCCUCCUGUCCUGUCCCGUCACUUAGUCCUACCCAUUGCCCUAAACAAAGAGGGAGAUGAAGUUGGAACGGGUCUCGCUGAUGAUAUGGAGGAUGAAAAUUCAGCCAAUCAAAUUGCUGGGAAAAUUCCAAAUUUCUGUGUCCUCCUCCAUGGCAGUCUUAAGGUGGAAGGGAUGGUAGCUUUAGUGCAGUUGGGCCCAGAUUGGCACGGAAUGCUCUAUUCCCAAGCGGACAGCAAGAAGAAGUCUAACCUAAUGAUGUCUCUUUUUGAACCUGGACUUGAGCCUUUACCUUGGCUUGGAAAAACGAUGCAGCUGGGACCCAUAACAGAUGCAAAAGAAAAUCCUUAUGGAGAAGAAGACAACAAAAGUCCCUUCCCUCUGCAGCCCAAGAAUAAACGGAGUUAUGCACAGAAUGUGACUGUAUGGAUAAAACCCAGUGGCCUUCAGACGGAUGUGCAAAAGAUUUUAAGGAAUGCCCGAAAGCUCCCAGAGAAAACACAGACCUUCUAUAAAGAGCUGAACCGACUGCGAAAGGCAGCGCUGGCUUUUGGUUUCCUGGAUCUCCUAAAGGGGGUGUCCGAUAUGCUGGAGAGGGAAUGCACACUGCUGCCAGAUACUGCACAUCCUGAUGCUGCAUUCCAGCUUUCCCAUGCUGCAGCACAGCUUAAGCUCGCCAGCACAGGCGGAUCGGAACAUGGGGCUUAUGAUCAUAAUAUUGUUCCUUUACAGACAGACUUCUCUGGCAGAAACUCUGACAGGAUAUGAACCUUGUGGAUAAUAGAACAAUUGCUCCCUGUUGGUACAGUAGCAGCACAGCACUUUGACUAAGCUGUGGGACAUUUUUUUGUAAUUGUCAAAGUCCUGACCCAUCAAGAACAAAACCACAUACAACCUGGUAUUACUGUGGACUUUUUAAGGAUACAAUGAUAUCUUCAUUCUUUUUGGCAAACCCCCUGUAUAGCCCCUGUCUUUCCAAGUUGCCUUGCAGAAUCAAGAACUGUUUUUUUCUUAACUCCUCUUUUGCUGGAGUGAUUUAUUGCUGUGGAUCCCCAACUUUUGGGUUACUAAAGACAACAUAAAAAUGAAA